AUGGAUGGUGUUGGAACGAAGCUGAUGCUUGCACUCGAAACUGGCAUUCUUGACACAAUUGGGAUUGAUCUGGUUGCGAUGAGUGUCAACAAUGUUGUUACUUCGGGGACAAAGCCUUUGGGUUUCCUUGAUUACAAUUCUACUGGCCACCUUGAUGUGGAUGUUGCUGAGAAGGUUAUCAAAGGCAUUGUUGAUGGCUGUAAGCAAUCUGAUUGUGCUCUUUUAGGAGGAGAGAGAGAAGGUGACUUUGAUCUAUGUGGUUGUGCUGUUGGCAUUGCGAAGAAAGAUUCUAUAAUUGAUGGAAAGAACAUUAUUGCUGGUGAUAUUCUUAUUGGUUUGCCAUCUAGUGGAGCUCAUUCUAAUGACUUCUCACUUGUAAGAAGGUUGGUUUUGGUUUUGACGAUGAGUAAUCAAAUCUAUCAGUUUUGUUAA